CUGUACGGUACCGUACCAGUACCAUCAAAUUUGGCCGUUAAAUCGUUUCUUAUUUGCUUUGAGUGCCAGACAUCACCUGUCCAUUCGUUCACCUCUGCUGUGAGAUUUGAAAUCGUGGGCCUCCUUCAAACUCCACACAUCACUCCUCGGUUCCUUGAAGAAAGAAGAAGACACCCUCGGUGCAGCCACAAAGCUCUUUUAAAAGGAUCAACUAGCUAGAUCAGGUUGUUGUUGCUGCUUUUACUAUCAUACCUGGUACUGGAAGCAAAAAGAAACAUGUCAAAAGAAGAGCGUCAAGACUGGACGCGCCACGUCCACAACUUGAAUGGCAUGCUCCACCAAGAGCCGGUUGCAACGAUUGCCCAUGGAUUCUUUUGGUACCUGCUUCUCCUCAUCACUUGCCCCUUGAUGGCUUUUGGAGCAAUUUUCUUGUCUGCCUACAGGCUCCUCGAUUUCUAUCUUUGGAAUAGAGAGAUUCUGCCAAAGGAUUACCCAGACAAGGAAUUGGGGGUAUUUGUUACUGGCUGUGACACUGGCUUUGGACAGGAACUGGUGUUUUCCUUGGUGUCCAAAGGAUUCACUGUAUUCGCUGCCUGCCUCUCGGAAGACUCUUUUAAGCAAUUCCAAGGAGAACCCAGAAUCAUACCAAUCAAGGUGAAUAUCACCAGUGAUGAGGACGUACGAAAAGCGUACGAAACCGUCUGCAAAUGGCAAAAAGACGACGACAAGGAGUCACCCAAGAAGCGUCAUUUCCAUGCCCUAGUCAACAAUGCUGGUUGUGGUAGACUCAGUUUGAUUGAUUGGAUGGAAGUCAAAGAUUUUGAAGAAAUCAUGAACGUGAACUUCUUUGGGACUAUUCGAGUGGUCAAGGCUUUCCUGCCGUUAUUGAAACAACAAGCCGCCACUGGUUCCUACAAGGAUGCUCGCGUAGUCAACAUGAUCUCUACGGCCGGGGUCUUUGCUGGAGGAGUUUUGGCUGCAGGCUAUGAAUGCAGUAAGCAUGCUUUGGAUGCCUAUACAACAAACUUGAGAGUCGAGUUGGGUACCUUUGGCGUCAAGGUUACGAAGCUUAAUCCAAGCAUGCACAAGACUGCCUUGGCGGAAUCCAAAAAUUUGAUAGGAGGGAUGAGGAAGAUAUGGGACGCAAUGACGCCAGAGCAUCGAGAAGAGUAUGGGGAAGACUAUUUCAAUGCCAUUGCUGAACCCAUUGAAACGCGUGCGGGUAGGUUGUACUGGGACAAGAAAUACGUUGUAGAGGCUAUGGAAAAUGCAGUGGUAUCCGGCAACCCACCCGAAAGGGUGAUGGUUGGCUUGGAUGCGCGAUACAUCGUGUAUCCACUCUCGAAGCUUCCAACGUGGUUCCGAGUCAACAUUAUCCAAAAGACGCCAGCAAUAAUGACACAAAAACCUAAGGCUCAGUAGACACAUACCGUAUGUACACGGAGACUCGCAACACUAGUGUAUUUGGGGACAGCCUCUGAGGCUAUAACGUACCGUAGUCUCAAUUACUAGUUUGGCUUGCUUCAGAACUUCACAGACAGCGCACGGUAUACUCAAACAGCCAGAGCGCACACGCCAUGCUUGAAGUUUCGUCUGCCAAGGCUUCUGACAAAAGCAGAUGCUGACUUGUCUGUGGGCAGCCAUUGGCAAGUGGGCAAGAGCCCACUGAAAUAGUUUCUUAGCGUCCUUCAACUUUGAGCAAAUGUCAAUAAUGUGUAGUUGUCUCAGGAACAACCGUUGCCUCUGGACCAUUUGAAUGGUUCCAAUGUCCACCUUGGGCAGCAAAAGUACAUGUUUACUCAUUCCAUGAGCACCUAUUGAAAUCAUUCAAAUAGCGUGUCUCUAGCUAG